ACGGGGAGUGGUAUCUGUGCUGCACGGUAAGGGGCUUCUCUUCCCCCCCGCAGAGCAAUAUCACCGAGGACGCGUUGCACUGUGACCUGACUGACCAGACCGGACCUAACCUGAUCCAGCAGCGUCACCAGUCCAGACUCCAGUCCAGCUCCGUGAAGAUCUGCCCCUGGCCCUGACCGCGCUCUGCCAGAAGCACAACCAGACACGCCCGCUGCUGACGAUGCCGCCGGUGCUUUCGAUGCCGCAGCCUAUCUGUCUGAUAGAGAAUGUUAACGGGAAUACGCUGGUCAUUAAUAAAGAUGCCGAGAAGAUCCUUCUGGAAAUCUCGCAGCCGGUGGUGGUUAUCGCAAUCGUAGGAAAAUACCGGACGGGGAAAUCCUAUCUGAUGAACAAACUGGCCGGGAAACGGAGCGGUUUUGCUCUGGGAUCCAGCAUCCAGUCAAAGACCAAAGGGAUCUGGAUGUGGUGCGUUCCUCACCCUCAAAACCCUGGACAAACCCUUAUUCUACUGGAUACAGAGGGACUGGGCGAUGUGGAGAAGGGAGACUGUAAGAACGACGCUUGGAUCUUCUCCUUGGCGGUGCUGCUGAGCAGUGCCUUCGUGUUUAAUAGCUUGGGGACCAUUGACCAACAAUCUAUGGAGCAGCUACAUUAUGUGACCGAACUGACAAAACUGAUUAAGCUGAAGUCGUCCUCCGGAGCAAAAGACGACACCGGCGAAUAUAAGAGAUUCUUCCCGUCAUUCACCUGGUGCGUUCGAGACUUCACUCUAAUACUGGAGAAGGACGGUAAACCCAUCACAGAAGACGAGUAUCUGAUGACAUCUCUGCAGAUGAGGAGAGGUACUGACAAGGAAGCCAAGAACUAUAAUUUACCCCGUGAGUGCAUUCUACAUUUCUUCCACACGCACAAAUGUUUCGUAUUUGACCGACCGGCGUCAAAGAAAAAACUUCAGGUUCUGGAAGAACUAGAAGAAAGUGAAUUGGAUGAGGAAUUUGUGGAUCAGGCAACAAAAUUCUACAGUUACAUGAUCACCGAGAGCCGCGUGAAGACACUGGCUGGAGGAAUGGAAGUCACCGGGAGAAUGUUAGCGGUUCUCGCUGACUCCUAUGUGAAGGCAAUUCAGAGCGGAACAGUCCCCUGCAUGGAGAAUGCGGUUCUGGCUUUGUCCGAGAUUGAAAACACAGGAGCUUUACAAGACGCACUGUCCAAAUAUGAAUGUGAGAUGGACAACCAUGUCCUGGAGUUCCCAACAGAGACACAGCAAGAAUUCCUGAACCUACACAUGGAAUGUGAGAAAGAGGCCAUCAAAGUCUUCCUGGGACGAUCACUGAAUGAUAAGGACCAGAAAUAUCAACACAAGUUGAAGGAACUGAUUGAUAACAAAAUGAAUGAAUAUUCCACAAAGAAUGAAACGGCUUCAAGAGAUUUCUGCAGGAAACUUCUCCGACUGCUGAGUCUGACUAUGGAGGAUGACAUAUUGGCCGGAAGAUAUUCCAUACCUGGGGGACACAAAUUGUAUUUAAUGGAGAAGGUUAAGGUUAUGGAAGCUUACAACGUAACACCUGGAAAAGGCAUAAAGGCUCUGGAAGUGAUCCAGGAGUACGUCUCUGAGAAGAAGGACGUUGAAGCUUCCAUCAUCCAAGCAGACAACACCCUGACUGAGAAAGAGAGACAGCUAGCAGAGGAACGGGCUCAAGUGGAAAAUGCAGAGAGGGAGAGAGAAAUUAUGGAGCAAAAUAACAGAAAUCUGCAAGAACGCAUGGACGACCAGAACAGGAGCUUCGAGCAGCAUAAACAAAUGGUCAUGGACAACAUGGAACGAGAGAGGAAGAUGAUGAUGCAGCAAAACGAACUGCUGAUCAAGCAGAAGCUUAAGGAGCAAGAAAUGAUGAUGAAUGCAGGGUUUCAUGACAAAAUAAACGCUCUGCAGAGAGAGAUCAAUAGUUUACAGAGUCAGAAGUCAAAGAAACGACCUUGUAUUGUGAUGUAAACUUUGAAAAAUAAACUACUUUAAAAAAAAAAAAUCCUUAGCAAAAGGUAAAAAUAUUGGUGCAGUAAAGUUCCCAUAAUCUGGAUCCCACAUUCUGGAAUUCUUUGUAAUCCAGCAUAAGAGAAGAAUGGCCCCAAUGGAUGGUCUGACUGUUCCUGUAACUGGACACUGGUGGAAGGUCGGACGGCCACUGUCCAUUCCGUGCAGUCUACUCCGAUGAUCUGUGCAAGAAGUUUAGAAGUGUCAGGACUGAAGCGCGUUGGGGUCCACCUAGAUGGAAGUUUAUAAAAAAUGGCAGACUACUGGAUGUGGACCAUUGGUUUGGUAGACGAACGGGCACAAGCAUGGAACCUUGAGCAUACGAUCUGUAGACAGUGCAGUCAGGAAUUUGGCAAAUUUUGGCAAAGUAAAAAAGAAAAACAAUGAGAUCCUCUGCGGUAUCUUCAGGCUGUAUGUAGUCAGCUAUACCACACCACUAUUAAAUAUUGAACAACGUCUUUAUUUCAAA